CCAACAACGACUCAGCCCUUCUGCUCAACAUCAUAGACAAUGACACAGCUUGCUAACUGCGAUUCAUCCGACAGCCAUCGCCUUUAGACAUCCACCUUGCGCUCGCCGCCCGUCGCAUUGGCACUGCCCCCCGCGCCUCGCCUGAGCAGAAGACACGCUCUGGUCUAUCGCGCGACGCGCCCCAGAAACCUUGACUCCGGAUAGCUGUUGCGCCGCGCGCCGCCGCCGACAACCUACCAUCACGGGUGCCGCACUGCCAAAAGUAGCUCAUCGAUCCGGGACGCGUCACCGCCACCAUGUCGGUCUGGAAUCCCGACAACAUCAAGGAUGUCGCCGAGUCGGUGGGGAUAGCGUCGCUCAGCGACGAUGUGGCCGAAGACCUGGCGCGGGACGUCGAGUUCCGCAUCGGCCAGGUGCUAGAGGAAGCGCUCAAGUUCAUGCGGCACUCGAAGCGGACGACGCUGGGCACGCAGGACAUAUCGCAGGCGCUGCGGGUGCUGGACGUGGAGCCGCUGUACGGGUACGAGUCGACGCGGCCGCUGCGCUUCGGCGAGGCGUCCAUGGGCCCCGGGCAGCCGCUGUUCUACGUCGAGGACGAGGAGGUCGACUUUGAGAAGCUCAUCAACGCGCCGCUGCCAAAGGUCCCGCGCGAAAUCUCCUUUACGGCCCACUGGCUCGCCCUCGAGGGCGUCCAGCCCGCCAUCCCCCAGAACCCCACCUCGGCCGACUCGCGCCACCAGGACCUCCUGCCCAAGGGCCCCGGCGCGAAUCCCUACCUCGCCGCCGUCAAUGGCUACGACAAUGUCGCCGUCAAGCCCCUCGUCAAGCACGUCAUCUCCAAGGAGCUGCAGCUCUACUUCGACCGCAUCGUCAGCGCCCUGGCCGACGAGACCAACGAGGAGUGGCGCGCCCAGGCGCUGGGCAGCCUACGGACAGACCCGGGCCUGCACCAGCUGAUCCCGUACUUUGUGCAGUACAUAGCCGAAAAGGUCACGCACAACAUGAAAGACCUAUUCAUCCUCACGCAAAUGAUGCACAUGACAUCGGCGCUGCUCCAAAACCCCAGCCUCUUCAUGGACGCGUACAUCACCAGCCUCGUCGCGCCCGUGCUAACCUGCCUCAUGGGCAAGCGCCUGGGCAACCCCUCCUCGGAAGGCAGCAGCAGCAACACCGCCGCAGGCGGCAACAACCCGCUCGCGCAUUUCGCGCUGCGCGACCUCGCCGGCAGCAUCAUCAUCGAAAUCGCCAAGCGGUACGGGCACUCGUCGCAAACGCUCAAGAAGCGGCUCGCGGGCACGCUGUGCAAGAACUUCCUCGACGACAAGAAGCCCUGCGGCACGCACUACGGCGCGCUGCUCGGCCUACAAGGCAUCAUGGGCCCGGACGGCGUGCGCUUCCUCGUCCUGCCCAACCUCAAGCUCUUCGAUGCCGUCUUGCGCGAACGCCUCGCCGACGACGCGGCCCGCCCCGAGGCCGAAAUGGUCGUCAUGGUCCUGCUGCAGGGCCUGCAGGCGCUGGAGCGCGGCGCCGCUGGCGCCCUGGCCCCAACCUUGCCUAAUGGUGUUGCUGGUGACGAGGCUACGCGCGACCGCCUUGUUGACCGCUUAGGCGACGUGUUGGGCUCGAAGGUCUUUGAGAUGGGCCGGCCGCGCUUGAUUUCCCUGGUUUUGGAGGCUGAUGUCUCGUUGUAG